AUGGAGUUGAACUGGGCUGCGAUGAUGAGGGAGGAAGCCGGCAGCCGCGGUGCGCGCUCGAACCCGCCGGCGCCAGUGCCGGUGCCGGUGGGGGCGCCCAAGAACCUGGGGCUUCGGGGCGUGCGGCAGCGGCCGUGGGGCCGUUGGGCGGCGGAGAUCCGCGUGCCGUACACCCGCGCCAGGCUGUGGCUGGGCACGUUCAACCACCCCGAGGAGGCGGCGCUCGCCUACGACGCCACGCUCUUCUGCUUCUACGGCCACACCCCGCCGCCGACGCGCUACUACAACUUCCCCGCCGCGCCGCGCCCCGACAUAUCCGAGGAGAGGCGCGCCAGGCUCACCGGCGCCAACAUCAAGGCCAUCGCCGAGACGCACGCCCUCCAGCUCUACGCCCUCGUCGCUCAGCACCACGUGCCCGCGCCAGCAUCAGCUGCUGGACAUGUCGCAUACCAGGCUAUGGUGAACACUGACGCCGCAGGUGGUGGUGGCGCCGCUGAUUAUUAUCAUCAACAAGGUGGCAGCAGCGACGACAUGUAUGACCUUCUUGCUCCAAUCGACCUGCUAACCGUCGAACAGAUCGCUGAGGUGAUGGCCAUUCUCAUGCAGGAUGACGAGCAGUGGAUGAAGACAUUGGCGGCCAUGGCGGCUACACCUCCAAAGGUGUAGCUGUUCGGUUUACUAUAUGUGUGAUCAUGGCGUGCCGUCCUAUAUUGCAGUGCACUAAUUAGCCAUGGAUGUGU